CCCGUCUCGACGUUGCAGCUAUUUGAUGGAUCGGAUAAUGGCUCCGAUUAUGAGAGCAUGGAUGGAGUACGCACCGAGGAUCGCGACACAGAGGACGAUACGAUGGAAGAUGACGAGGAGGACGACUAUAUGAUGAAAGAUUUGCCUGCUGUGGAUCAUGGUCCGACCGAGAGCGAACUGACUUACUCGGAGCCUUCCGGUGGGGAGGAAUCCGAUGAAGAGCAGCUUGAUGAGGGACCAUACAAAGAGAUCAGGGAGCACAUGCAAACAUACAUAACUGCCAGAGACACAGACUACUUCAGCGAAUGCACCCAUCAAGAGACUGCGAACUUGGCCUCUCUCAUUGAGACUGUUCUGCAGGAGAAGGACAUUGGGCUUGCCACGCUUGAAACGGUUGCGGCUGAGUGCGAGAAGGUAGCGGUGACGCUUGACAAAACCAUCACGCUGGUCAACGCUGUGAAGCAGGAUAUCCUUGACACCGGCUCGACUAGCCUAAGGAGGUGGAAUCAGCUACAGAGCAUGGAAUGGAAUGUUUGCCGCCUCAGACAUCUGGCCGAGGGUGUACCCGGUGUCCCCACUGCCGCCAUCAUCGACGAGAUGGUCGAAGACAUAACUCGGGAUGUUUCGGCGUGGCAGGCACGUCUCGGGCUCACUUUGAAGCUGACGAGAGAUCUCGAGCUCGCCAUC